AUGGAUCCUCAACUCAGCAUCGGAACUUUGCUGACCGCUGCUAGAAUUCUUGAGUCUAAAUUGCCGCAACUUAAUGUUCCAAUAUCUGGUACUAUGCCAUCCACGACUCUGCAGGACUUUCCGAACGGUAUGUCUUCGAAGACGUUGCCGCCUUGACCUUCUUUGACUGCUUUCAACAUCAGUGUCGUCACUCCUUGCGAACUUCUCUGAGACUCUGAAACCUGAAAAAAAUUGCGAAAAAAAUUUGAGCUAUAAUUUACUUUCAGAAAGGCUAGUAGAUAAAUAAAAGUAAUUUUUGCUUCCGAAAAAAAUUUUUUUCAUGUUGAUUGAAAAGAUUUUUGAUGGAAAACAUUCUCUUGAUACCGUAUCAAGAACUGAAUUGCAGAACAAAUGGAACUUCGGGAACUGCUCGGCAAGUUGAAAGUCGAUCGGAGAAGCUGCAACGCCUCAACGUCAUCUGAGCCGUACUGUACCACACCACCUUCUAGAAAAAACUCGAAAAACAGCCGGUUCGUUGUUUUCUUCGAAGGUGGCGACAAGCAUACUGUACUUCGCCCUCAUUCUGAGUCAUCUGCCGAACUGACUGACUGACGUCUUUUUUUGCAGAACGGCACACAACGAGCUCGAGAAGACACGUCGAGCAAACCUCCGCGGCUGCCUGGAGAAACUCAAAACCAUUGUUCCUUGCCUAGCCGACGCGUGUCGGAAUACGACGCUGGCGUUGCUCACUCGUGCCCGCGAUCACAUCAAGGUGCGGUGUUUACGACCGGUUCCGCAGUAGCAAAGUCGCCUAUUCACGUGUCACCAUGCUUUGUGCAUCUUGUGACUACGCUUACAGUUGUUCUUUUUGGAAACGACCGUGUUAUCGUAUGAUCUCUUCUCGCAAAUACUUUGACAAAUUGUGAAUCAGUCUUGAGAGAAAAGGGUUGAAGUCGAUAAGAUCUAUAGUACCCGCUUUGAAAAAGAUUACUUUCUAGAUCAGUGCUGGAAAAUUCAAAAAUUGAUUUUUUCAGGAACUGGACGAUGAAAAUGAACUUCUUCGAGGUGAAAAAGCAGCGGCCGAAGAAAAACAUGCUCAAUUGCUAGCAGAACUAGAACGACUACGGGAAGAAGAACAAUCGAGCAGCCCAGUCGUAGCAUCCCGACCUGAAAGCCAAGCUUCCAGUAUGGCUUCUGCCAGAGAAUCUCCGGUGUUCCUUGAAUAUUCUCCUUCCUCAAAGCCUUCCCAUUCCCCGAGGCCUUCCAUUUCUGAUCUCAUGGCCCAAGGCCUACUUCCGGCCUUGCCUAUCUGCUUCCCACGGCCUUCCGUUUAUCCCUACCUCGAUCUCAAUUCUUCCGGUGCGUUCUUGCCAAUCAAUCUCAGCGUCUGA